AUGGGAAUCGUUAAAGGCAUGGCACAUCUAGCUAAACACGGGAUUAUUCACAGAGAUUUAGCAGCGAGGAACGUAUUAUUGGGCGACAAUAAUGUGCCAAAAGUCUGCGAUUUUGGCUUAGCACGCGGAGAAGGUCUCUAUGUUCGGAAAAAAUACGGAACCAAAAAUCUUCCCAUUAAAUGGUUGGCCGCGGAAUGCUUGACCCUUAAUAGAUACACCGAAAAAUCGGAUGUAUGGGCUUUCGGUAUUACUCUAUACGAAAUCGUAACCCUGGGAGAAACUCCCUAUCCUGGUAUGUCCAAUAUGGAUGCUAAGAACAAAGUAUUGGAGGGGCAUAGGAUGGCGAGGCCCUCUCGUUGCGACGAGAAUUUGUGA